AUGCAUCAUAAACACAUUAAAAUAUUCUGCUGCAUCAAUGUAAUCAGCAUUAUAUUUUCCCCCGUCCUCAUAAAGUCACAGUUGAAUUCACCAGUAUUCCCGUUAAUUUGGAGAAGGUCAAAACAUCGAGUUGCUACUGACUAUGUAAAUGCACAAAUUGACAUUCAUCUCAAACCACCAUGUGAGGUGAUUAAAUCGUCGUUGCUGAAUCCAAAUAACAUCACCAGCGGUUUCAACUAUAAAUUCGAAAAGGAUACGUGUGAAAAGUUAUAUAACAAGUUGGUCAAAGAAACGAUGUAUAAAAAGUGUGCACCUUUUCAAAGCUCAUCUAAAUCUCGACGUGAUAUUGUGUCAUUUGUGUCCGGUGUAGUGUUUACAUCGAUCAUCGUCAUAGCAGCUGUAAUGUUUGGCUCAUACAUCAAAAGUCAGAAUGGAAUCUCUGAUCAGUCAUUGACAGAGAUAGAAAUCAAGAAAUUAGAUCAACAGAUUCAUGAGAAGGUUGUUCAUGAAUUGAUUAAUAUUCAACAUCAAAUAGAUCAAAUAAAACAUGUCUCCGAGAAUCGAUUUUUGACAUCCAUACUUAGUGCCAGAUUUCUUCAGGCUGAACAGAUCAUCAAUGAAGCAUUUGUGGUAGAUUCUCCAAUGCCGUUAUCAUUUCAACAGUUGUUUCCCAACAUCUCCAUUUGUGAACAUUGUCCUUUUGAUUUAUGGCAUUUUGAGAAGUGUUAUUUUAGAUCUAUGGAAUCGCCGUUAGAAAGUCGUUUACAACUGAAUGUUAAUACGGUGAAAAUAGAUCCAAAAUAUGAUAUUAUACGGGCUGAUCCAUUCCAUAUCAUGGCUCCGGAUCAGACGAAUAAAGAAAAUUGGUGCUUCACAAAAUAUUCUGGUCCCAAGUAUGCGGUCAUCAAUAGAGAAUCCAAAUGCAUUAGAGACAUUACGUUUGAUCCAAUAAAUGAUUACCAAUCUCCAAUAAUAUUCCAUUCGAUAGACUGUAAAGAGAAUAUUAAUUAUGUGAAGGCUACAUGGAAACCUUACCGUUGUAUGAAGAAAAAUCUUAUUACACCAGAAGAAAUUGUACAAAUCAAGAAUAAUGAAAGCCAUGGCUGUCGGAAACAAUAA